UGGCACCCCAGCAAAGCAAAAUGCCUCAGUUCCCAACAAGACUGCCUAGCCCCUACGGCUCUGACCGGCUGGUACGUCUGGCAGCCAGGCUCCGACCAGCCCUGUGUGACACCCUGAUCACCGUGGGGAGCCAGGAGUUCCCUGCCCACAGCCUGGUACUAGCAGGAGUGAGCCAGCAGCUGGGCCGCCGGGGCCACUGGGCUCUGGUGAAAGGCAUCAGUCCUUCCACCUUUGCCCAGCUUCUGUUCUUUGUCUACGGGGAGAGUGUUGAGCUGCAGCCUGGGGAACUGGGGCCCCUUGAGGAGGCAGCCAGGGCCUUGGGGGUGCAGGCCCUGGAAGAGGCGUGCAAGAAGGCUCGAAGGGACAGGGCUAGACAAGAGCUGGACCUAGGACUGAAGGAACAUCAGGAGUCAGAGACAUGCACAGGGGAUUCUGAGAGAGGACCGGGGGGCCACGGGGAGCAGCAGAGACCAGAGAAAUGUGUUGGAGCUGGUGGGAGAGAACAGGAGGCCUUCCGCAAGCACAGGCUACCAAGAGAGAGCCCUGAAAUGGCAGAGGUAAUGCAGGAGUGCCAGGGCGAGCAGAGGAGAUCAGAGGAGAAGGAAUCCAGCCAGCCCUGGGUUGGCCACAGAGAAGCAGACGGGGAGCAAGAAGUGGUCAUGUGGGUGAGGGAGAGUGUAGCCGGCCCUGGGGGAAAUCGGGAGGGCCCUGGCUCCCCUCCCCCACCAGGUUCCCUUCACACCAGUGGCAUUCCCAGGCCUUGGGGGGCCGGGGCGCCUUGGCCCAGGGAGGGCCAGCCUGCCCUGUGGAGCAUCCUGCUGUUGCGGCCCAGCUACGGCACUCCCUUCCCCCAUAGCGCCCCCCUCAGUGGAGCCUGGCAGGAGGUCUGGCCUUGGGACCAGAGGAUUCCACCACCCUUAAACCCCCACAAAGGGCUCUGGAACCAGAACCAGAUGGCCUGCUCCCACCCAGUCCCAGGGUCCUUCCCCCAGGGCCUGGCACAGCUCAGACAUGGGGAGAUGGAAGACGCUAGUCCCAGGCACACAGAUGCACUUGCAACCCAUGUGGGUCACGUGGGCACAGCAGGCCACCUGUCUCGCCAACACCCUCCCCAGCCGCCUCCUGCUCGAUCUCGGCCUUAUACUUGUUCAGUCUGUGGAAAGAGGUUUUCACUCAAGCAUCAGAUGGAGACACAUUACCGAGUCCAUACAGGAGAGAAGCCCUUCUCCUGCCGCCUCUGUCCCCAGCGCUCCCGGGACUUCUCGGCCAUGACCAAACACCUGCGGACGCAUGGGGCGGCCCCCUACCGCUGCCCUCUGUGCGGGGCCGGCUGCCCCAGCCUGGCCUCCAUGCAGGCGCACAUGCGCGGCCACUCGCCCAGCCAGCUCCCGCCCGGAUGGACCAUUCGCUCCACCUUCCUCUACUCCUCCUCCUCCUCUUCCUCCUCGCGCCCGGCCAGGGCCUCGGCCUCUCCUUGCAGUUCCCCUUCCUCCACCACUUGACCGAGUGUCGGCAGCUUCUUUGGCCUCAGUCAGGAAUACAAAAGACGGGCCGGCGGGCAGGCGAGGCUUCUGGUCCGGCACCGCGGCUAGGGCAGCCUAGCAAAUUCUGCUCCCAGAAGCCGCCGCAGAAAAGGGCACCAGAGUCCUCACCAGAUGACCGCGGGAAGCAGAAGCCUGGGCCAGCGAGCCCGUGCGGGGUGAGGAGACAGUGAAGUUUGCAAGAGUGAAAGUUAACUGUGUGGGGCCUGGCGGUUUUUCAUCACCCCAAAUAAAAGAGUUUCCUGUGCCUCCUCUCGGACAAGAAAGCCAAGUCCACACUGCGGUCUGUGCGCGGGGGUGGAGGCGGGUACCCAGCCUUGCCCCUUAUCCUGUAGCGGCCCCUGGUGGCCCGCGUCCGCCGUUCGACGCGGCGACUACCUCGUCCAUCCUCUGGGGCUCCCAGUCCUCCCCUGGAGGCACCGGGCGCGAGGGCUCGGUGUCCAGGCAGAGGGAGCAGCACCGCCCGGAGGGAGGCCUUCCACAGCGUGCUGCAGCGCGCGGGGUCCGAGUCUGGACGCCCCGGCCCAGGCCAAAAGAUCGCGUGCUUUCGGGGCGCCGCCUCUUCUGAGCACAAGGGUCGCCACGGCGCGGCCUCCGGCCCCUCCCUCCGUGCAGUGCGAAUCAGCCCGAGGGGCGUGCCUGCAACCGGGACCACCGCCGUACGCCCGUCCC